CUGCGCGGCCCCUCCCCCGUGACCCCUCUUUGACUACAUUCCCGAGACCGAGGCUGCAGCCGCGCUUGCCAGCCCCCCGACUUUCCACCCUUGCAAAUCCACUGGAGUUUAACGGGAGGUUGGAGGUCCCUUGUGUUGACCCCAGGCUGGAGCUGUGAGGCCCUUGAUUGAGGAGAGAUGUCAGGCUCGACUCCAGGAAGUGAAAAUGUGGUGCCGCGAGAGCCGCUGAUUGCCACAGCAGUGAAGUUUCUACAGAAUUCCCGGGUCCGCCAGAGCCCCCUUGCGACCAGGAGAGCAUUCCUUAAGAAGAAAGGGCUGACUGAUGAAGAGAUCGACCUGGCUUUCCAGCAGUCGGGCGCUGCUACCGACGAGCCUGCACCCUCCGGCCCAGCCGCACAGGUGGUGCCUCUGCAGCCCCCCCACCUCAUUUCACAGCCAUGCAGCCCCGCAGGUUCCCGGUGGCGAGACUACGGUGCCUUGGCCAUCAUCUUGGCUGGAAUCGCGUUUGGGUUUCACCAGCUCUACAAGAAGUACCUGCUGCCCCUCAUCCUGGGUGGCCGCGAGGACAGGAAGCAGCUGGAGAGGAUGGCGGCGAGUCUCUCCGAGCUGAGUGGCAGUGUGGCCCAGACAGUGAUGCAGGUGCAGACAACGCUGGCCUCCGUCCAAGAGCUGCUGAGGCAGCAGCAACAGAAAGUCCAGGAGCUGUCCCAUGAGCUGGCCACCGCCAAGGCCACCACGUCUACCAACUGGAUCCUGGAGUCCCAGAACAUCAGCGAACUCAAAGCGGAGAUUAAUUCCUUGAAAGGGCUGCUUUUGAAUCGGAGGCAGUUCCCACCGUCGCCGUCAGCCCCGAAGAUCCCCUCCUGGCAGAUCCCCGUCAAGUCGCCGUCACCCUCCAGCCCUGCGGCUGCCAACCAUCACAGCAGCAGCGACAUCUCACCUGUGAGCAAUGAGUCCACGUCACCCUCGCCCGGGAAGGAGAGCCACAGCCCCGAGGGCUCCACAGCCACCUACCACCUGCUGGGCCCCCAGGAGGAGGGCGAGGGCACAGUGGACGUGAAGGGUCAGGUGCGGAUGGAGGUGCAGGGCGAGGAGGAGAAGAGGGAGGACGAAGAGGAUGAGGAGGAUGACGACGUGGGCCACGCCGACGAGGAGGAUGUGCUGGGGGUGCAGAGGGAGGACCGCCGGGGCGGGGAUGGGCAGAUCAACGAGCAGGUGGAGAAGCUGCGGCGGCCCGAGGGUGCCAGCAAUGAGAACGGGCGGGACUAGAGCUGCCAGGGACCGGGCACAAGCAGGGCGGGGGGUGUGGGCUCCAUUGCUGGGCUGAUGCGUGCCCAGCAGCCUUGUCGCCCUGCCCGGUCCCUGGGGUAGACGACACCUGGGCCUGGGGCUCCAGCCCUGUCCACCCUCCCGGGCCAUGUCCUGGCCAGGGCGCGUCUGCCAGGUGUCUUGACUAACGUGGCAUCCUGCAUGGCAAGAGCUCGUGUUGUCACCAUCUCCUCCUCAGUGGGGAGGAGCCGCAGUCCCCCUGGUCUCUGCUGUACCCUCCUGUCCCCCGGGCCGGGCCCGUGACUCCACCUUUGGCCUGUUUCCAAAAGCCAGAGCCCUGGCCUCGCUGUCCAGUAGUCCCCGCUGAGCCCGCCCCACGUGCCCUGCCACUCAGACGGCAGUGUCUCACUGCGCUUGUGCCCUCCUCGACGCGACACGGUCCCCUCCCGCGGUGGAGCAGCAGCCAGGCCUCCUAGCAGCCGCACCUGUCCCCGUGUGGCCGUGAGCGGCUGUACAGAGCUGUAAUAAAGACGAGUCGCCACUCCUUA